UAUAUGUAAAAUUCCCAUUUUUUUUCCUAUGGAAGAAGGCAAAUCCGAAAACAGAGCACCGUACAAUUUUAUAUUUUUCCAGAUGUAAAACUCCAUUAAAAAUUUGCAAUGGAGCUUCUUCCCGUUUACGCUAAUUUUCACUCACUUUCUCGCAUCACUUUAUCCUCUUACCUUUCGUCAAAAUCCGUUUUGCAUAAUAAACAGUUCUUUCAAACCUUAAAGUUAAGCAGGAGAUUGAAUUUUACCGGUAAAAGUACCCCGCCGCGGUUAUUUAGAGUUGCGGCGGCGAGUUUGGAAGAGGUUGAAGAAGAAAAAAGAGCGAGUCAGAGCGAGUUAGUGGUGGAGGUGAUUGGAAUUGGAAGUAGAGUAGAUGCUGUUUUUGAUUUCUGUUUUGAUUCUCCGUUUCAAUUAUCUUCUUCGUUUAGAUUCUGGGAUAUUGAUGCCAAAGAUUCACUGAAUGUGAAAUUACAAGAAAGAGUUUUUGGAGAUGAUCUUAAUCCAAGGAUUUUGGAAGCUUCCUAUUUUAUGCAGUCAUGUUCAACAGCUAUUAUCUUGGUGGCUACUGCAGGAUUUGGCAUAGAGCAUGUUACAGCACUUGAUGUACUUAAAACUGUAAGAUCUAGAAAUGGGUUUGCUGUUGCUGUUUGUCUGAGGCCUUUCAGCUUUGAAGGACAAAGGCGUCAAGACGAGGUGAAAGAUUUGGUAGGAAAAAUCCAAGAGUAUGCAAAUUUUUGCAUUGAUAUUGAUGCCGACACACUACUCAAAAAGGAUUUGGUCACUCUAGAUGAGGCUUUGAGGACUGCAAAUACUGCUGUUUUGUUGGCCAUGAAUACCGUUUCUGUUUUUAUCUCAGAGAUGCACCUGAAACUAAUUGAUUCACUGAAUAACAAUGUGAGAGAAGUCGAAGUUUCAGAAGUUUUGAAAAUUUUGAAAAGGUUCAAAGAAUCAAAAAUUGGAUUUGGAGCUGGCAACAACGCCAAAAGUUCAAUUUUGAAAGCUCUAUAUGACUGCCCUUUCAUAGGACCUGGUGUGGAGAACUUAAAUGGCGUUGUCAUAUGCAACAUUGCCAGUUCAGAUUUUAUUGAAGACAGAGACAUAGAUACCUCCUUGCUUACUUUUCGUCAAACUGCAAAAUAUACGGGGGAAAUUAUUAUUACUACAGCUCAUGAACCUAAUUUGGACCGCAACAUGAUUGUAACAACAAUUCUCACUGUGGGUUGUAGUGAGGUACAGAGUCCUCAGAGAAAUAGCUUGUUGUCCAGACUGGCCCAGCAUUUCCCCUUUGUUUCUAACUUCUUAAGGAGACAACAAUCAGAUGAUAAAGAAGGAAUCAAUGAAGUCACAGAUCCACAGCUUUCCAAGGAGUUAAAUUCAUCAGAGUCUGCUGCAAUAGAAAGUAGUAGUGCUGCAAGUGGUGUGGCAGAAGGUAUGGAUAAGGGAUAUGAAGAACCUGAGACAUUACCAAGCAGCAACUAUCAUGAUAUUAACAGUUCGAGUAAUGAAGCUAAAGAAGAUGAGAUUGGCUUAUCAGAUGCCGAGACCACCACCUCUUCCAAUUUGUAUGAGCAAUUUACUGAAGAAACUCCUGUUCUGCAGAGGGAGCCACUUACUAGUUGGAACUGGGGACCAGGAUAUCAAAUUGCACAAGAGUGGGCCAAAGAAAGGGCUGGAGAUACUUCAAUGCUUGAUAACCUGAGCAUCUUCCGCCUUCCAGUUGGUGUAAGGUCUUGGGAAGAAUCGAAAGAGGGUCUAAAUGUCUCAUAUGCAACAGAACUCUUUGAACCAAAAACUGAAGGAGUUGUUAAAGAACAAAAAAUUGCCAUCUCCAGUGUCUCUUCUUUGGGUGCAUUGAGUGAUACAGGUUUCCUAUUAGUAAGGGAUUUUUACAAUAGUGCAUCUACAAUGUUAAAGAGCAGGAAUGUUGAUGUACCAAAAAAGCAAGGCGUUCUCUCUGUUCGUGCUGCAUCUAUGCUGGAAUCUGAGCGAGAUUCCCCAAAAAAGUGGAGUCCUGUUACAGAGAUGCAGUACAGAGGAGGUGUUUAUAGAGGCAGGUGCCAAGGAGGUCUUCCUGAAGGAAAGGGCCAACUUAUGCUUGAAGAUGGUAGCAUAUAUGACGGAAUGUGGCGUUAUGGUAAGAGAUCCGGUCCAGGUGCACUCUACUUCAGUAACGGAGAUGUGUUUCAGGGGUCAUGGAGAGAUGAUGUCAUGCACGGAAAGGGUUGGUAUUAUUUUCACACUGGAGAUCGAUGGUUCGCAAACUUUUGGAAGGGUAAGGCAAAUGGUGAAGGCCGCUUCUAUGCGGAGUCUGGUGAAGUAUUUUUUGGCCAUUUCCAAGAUGGAUGGCGACAUGGCCUCUUCCUUUGUAUUGACAUUGAUGGAGAAAGGUUUAUUGAGACAUGGGACGAGGGUGUUCUUGUGGGUCGGAAGCAAGUCGAUUCUGAGAAGGAUGCUCGAUAAGUAUUAUUUCAAUUAUUUAUGGAAACUCCUGAAGAUCUCACAUUGAUCAGUUGUGUGCAAAUGUGUCAAGUGCCAUCUACAUAAAGACUCCGGCCCCCUCAAGUAACUAGGAAGAAACCUCAAGAAAUCAGAACUCGCCAACUCAUUGAACAGAUGAAUGGCAGUAGUUGUUUUCCAAGAACUGUCAGCCAUAGUUAACAAUGUUGAUUUCUGGUUCCUGAUGUAUUCUCUUGAUCUUAAAUCAGCCUGUCUUACAGGCUCCGGCAGAUGAUACUUGCGAGUUAUUUUCGCUACGUUGAUGGCGGUAUCUAGUGAUAUUCUGUGACCAAUUGAUACAUAUAUGGGAUCAUGUGAUCCCCUUGUUGCUCUUAUUGCCUGUUGAAGGGGAAAAAUGAUUUAAUAAAACAAUGUAGCAGAAGAAGAAAAAAAUCCUCAAUACUAAAAACAGGGUGUAUUAUUCGGAAUC